ACCGCUAAUUGAUGGGCUGGGCUAUGAGUAUGCGCGUUUAGACGUGGUCUUCACGCUAGUUGGUCGCGGAGAGUCCGACACGGGCUAGCUACACUAUAAGAUAGCGUGCCGAUGCGGAGCCGAUACACGGCCUUCGUUGUGACUUCUUGUGCCUCCACAAGACUCAGAUAUUGUACAAGAGGAAUCCAGAGCAGUUCCAAUACAGCAAGCAAGAGGGUGUGCCCCUUGUUGGGGAAGAUGAGACAGCCAAGGGAAGGGUCAAGAUUAGGGACACUCAAACCAGAGAAGAGGUUGGCUUUCUCCCAGUCCAUAUUCCAUCAACACAUACUUGCUGAGCACCUCCAUUGAGAUUGUAACCAGGAGCACAAGAGUAAAUGACUGUUGCCCCUUCAGUUAGGCCACCACUAGUCACAAUGAGAGAUGGAUAGGGAGGAGUUGGUAUUGCUGGGCAGUUUACUGUGGGAAGUAUAUACAAAUCAUGAAAACACUUCAUGAUUCAUUAGUGAGGU